AUGGAAGAGGCAAUUUAUACCAACUACCCUCCUCAGUUGUCUCGGGAACAGCAAGAGUAUCUCGUUACGGCUACUAAAGAUUGGGCAAUUCAAAAUGGCCUAGCUGUUCGACCCUCGCCGGCAAUUCUUCCUAAAACCGCAGACCCAAAUGGAGUGCUGGCUACCAAUGCCCCUGUAUCGCUGUUUCCCAGUCCAUUCCCAAAGGUCUGUUUUAAGGAAGCGCAGGCCUUGCAGACCGUUUACAAUCAGCUCUAUGCAGCAAUUACAUGCAACGAAGACUGGCUAGGGAAGAUCAUCGAAGAUCUAAUCGACGUCGACGACUUUGUUGCAAAUCUUUGGAAAACCCAUCUGGCUGUGCAGAAGGAGGGCUACGUCCAAGACCUUUCUUUAGGUCUCUACCGUUCUGACUACAUGGCCCACGUCACCCCGAACCAUGCUCCAGCUUUGAAACAGGUGGAAUUCAACACAAUAUCCUCGUCCUUCGGUGGCCUGUCGGCUCUCGUGAGAUCAUUGCAUACGGAGCUUCUGUCGACCCCGCUGACCUAUCCGCCUCAUCCUCUUCUCCAAUCCGGAACACCGCCUGAUAACACUGCGGUUGAAACCCUCUCUGGGGGUCUUGCGACCGCACACAAGGCAUACGGCCCGUCAAAGUCCUCACCGGGGCUUCCGUUGUGUGUUCUCUUUAUAGUCCAGGAUGGAGAGCGAAACGUCUUCGAUCAAUUGGCUCUGUUGAAGCGACUCACAGGAUUCCAUAAAGUCCCGACUUUCCGUGUGAAAAGCAACCAAAUUUUAGACCAGACAUCCAUUCCCGCCGCGAACUCCUCUCGUCCCCUAAUCUACCACCCUCCACACUCUCCAGAGUCUGCUUUUGAAGUAACGACUGUUUAUCUUCGGGCAUACUACUCUCCUGACGAAUACACAUCAAGUCGUGAUUGGGAAGCCCGGACACACUUGGAACGCUCUGCAGCCAUCAAGUGUCCUACGGUGCUGAACCAAUUGGCCGGAUGUAAGAAGAUUCAACAAGUUUUGGCAGAGCCGACAGGCCCCGAUCACCUGUCCAGUUUCCUUAAGAAUGUUGAUCCCGCCAUCAUUGCCAGAUUACGUGAAACAUUUGCCCCGCAGUAUGAUCUUUCGGCGGGCGGGCAAGGAAGGGACCUGGCUCUCAACCCUGAGACUGCCAUGAAGCAUGUCUUAAAACCACAGCGUGAGGGUGGAGGCAACAACGUCUACAAAGCAGAGAUCCCAGACUUCUUGCGUUCUAUUUCCGAGUCCGAUUGGAAAGGCUGGGUCUUGAUGGAGUUGAUCAACCCUGCGGCUAACGCUGAGAAUGUCGCCCUGCGGAAUGACGGUGAAGUCCUCCGUGGAAACGUCAUCUCGGAACUUGGAGUUUACGGGACUAUUCUAUGGGAGAAGACAGGAAAAAUUCUUCACAACGAUGAAGGUGGAUGGCUGCUGCGAACCAAAGGAAAGGAGGUUAAUGAAGGCGGAGUGGCCGCUGGAUUCUCCAGCCUAGACAGCGUACUUCUUUACUAG